CGCGGCGUCGGGGCCUCCAGACACAAAGAGCCGCCAGCGGGACGAGCCGUGGGUUCCCCGCGCGAGCUAGCGCCGUCGGCUCGCGCCCCUGUGCCCCGCGCGCGGGGGAGACCGGAGGCGCCCACAGCCCAGGUUUCCCCAGAAAUUCCAUCAGAAAUUGAGUCUUCAUCUUAUGUCUCUCAUUUGUAAUCAGCUGCUGUUACACUGGAGCCCUGUGGAUGUUGUGAGCUGUUGGGCAUGGAAGGCAUUCUGCAGUCCUGUGAGUCAGGGCUCAAGUUUUUGUGGGACUGAGGCCCUGGAGUGUGCCUUUGCUUGCUAUGGGAUGGAUGAAGAAGAAGAGAACCACUAUGUUUCACAGCUCAGGGAAGUCUACAGCAGCUGUGACACCACAGGGACAGGCUUUCUGGACCGGGAGGAACUGACCCAGCUCUGCCUAAAGCUGCAUCUGGAAAAGGAGCUGCCCAUCCUUCUGCAAACACUUCUUGGAAAUGACCACUUUGCCAGGGUUAACUUUGAGGAAUUUAAGGAAGGUUUUGUGGCAGUAUUGUCAUCAAGUGCUGGUGUUGGCUCCUCUGAUGAAGACAGUAGUUCUUUGGAAUCAACGGCCUCUCGUGCUGUCCCGCCAAAGUACGUGAGUGGCUCUAAGUGGUACGGUCGCUGGAGCCGGCCCGAGCCUGAGCCAGGUGGCCCUGCAGUAGGAGCCAAAUUUUUACCAGAACAGCAGGCCUGGACCCCUGGGAGAGGCCAGCUCCGCCGCUCAGCAUCUUUGGAAAGUGUGGAGAGUCUCAAGUCAGACGAAGAAGCUGAAAGUGCUAAAGAACCUCAGAAUGAGUUGUUUGAAGCACGAGGUCAGCUGCCAGCUUGGGGUUCUGAGGUCUUUGGGUGUCUCCAGAAGCCCUGCAGCCCCUCCUUGGACACCCCUGAGAGCCGGGUCCGGGGCAUCUGGGAAGAGCUGGGUGUUGGCAGUAGUGGCCACCUCAAUGAGCAAGAGCUGGCCAUCGUCUGUGAAAGCAUCGGGCUCCAGGGACUGGAGAAGGAGGAACUGGAGGAUCUAUUUAACAAACUGGAUCAAGACGGAGACGGCAGAGUGAGUCUUGAGGAAUUCCAGCUUGGCCUGUUCAAUCAUGGGCCCACUUCACUUCCAGAAUCUUCCACUCCUGUCAAACCGAGCAUGUCCUGGUCUCAUUACCAGGUCCUGGAGGAGAGUGGCUGCCCGACUGCCACAACGUCGUCCCUUGUGUCUGUGUGCUCAGGCCUGCAUCUCUUGUGCAGCAUUGAUGACGGCACUGGCUUUGCGGGUCCCGAGCAGCUCAUCGCCCUGUGGGCCCAGGAGGGAAUUCCGAAUGGCAGGGAGAUCUUGCAGAGUCUCGACUUCAGUGUGGACGAGAAGGUGAACCUUUUGGAGCUGACCUGGGCCCUUGAGAACGAGCUCAUGAUGGUUGGUGGUGCCACUCAGCAGGCAGCCUUGGCCUGCUACCGCCAGGAGCUAACCUUCCGCCAGGGGCAAGUGGAGCAGAUGGCAAAGGAGCGAGACAAGGCGAGGCAGGACCUGGAGAAAGCGGAGAAGAGGAACCUGGAGUUUGUGCAAGAGAUGGAUGACUGUCACUCUGCCCUAGAGCAGCUCACAGAGAAGAAGAUCCAGCAUCUGGAGCAGGGGUACCGGGAAAGGCUGAGCCUCCUGCGAUCUGAGGUGGAGAGGGAACGUGAGCUGUUCUGGGAGCAGACCUGCAAGCAGAGGGCCGUGCUGGAGAAGGACCUGGAGCGCCUGCGGGCCGAGGAGGCCAGCCUCCGGGAGAAGCUGACCCUGGCCCUGAAGGAAAACAGUCGAUUACAGAAGGAGAUUAUUGAAGUUGUGGAAAAGCUUUCGGAAUCAGAGAAGCUGGUCCUGAAACUUCAGAAUGACCUGGAGUUUGUGUUGAAGGACAAGCUGGAACCACAGAGCACAGAGCUCCUGGCCCAGGAGGAGCGGUUCGCGGAGGUCCUAAAGGAGUAUGAGUGCAAGUGCCGGGCGGGCUUCACACUGCUCCGCUCCACGCCGCUCCUCAGGCGGCUGCUCUGGCUGCAAGGGGUGUCUGGCUCUGCCCUACAGGACCUGCAGGACCGCAAUGACGAGCUGCAGGCUGCCCUGGAAGGCUUGCAGGCACGGUUGCCUCCAAGCUGGCAUAGCCAGCCCCAUGCGCAGCCAGAGGAACGGCUCCUCUCUGGACACGGACCAGCAGGCAUCAUUUCAUUUGUUGGUGACUCCAUUCCAGUGAGUUUAGAAACGGAGAUAAUGGUGGAGCAGGUGAAGGAACACUGCCAAGACCUCAAGAUCCAGCUGGAGACCAAGGUCAAUUCCUACGAAAGGGAAAUGGAAGCGAUGAGAAGGGACUUCAUGAAGGAGAGGGAGGAGAUGCAGCAGGCCUUCAGGCUUGAGAUCCACAUGCUGGAGUGCCGUAGGGCUGACCUGGAGGUGCUGCUUAGGAAGUCUCAGGAGCUCAUCCGAGGCCUGCAGGACCAGCUCCAGCAGGUGACCCGUGGCCCUCUCCCGGAGAGGGCGGACUUGGGGCAGUGCUGCAUGCAGGCGCUGUCUGGCCCGGCUGGGCCGCUGGCCCAAGAGCAGGACCCACUGGAGCAGGAGCAGCACCAGAGGCAUCGGACUGAGCUGCCACGAGUCAGGAAAGAGGCAGAAGUUGUGCGGAACUACGAGCUCUCAAGGAUGCAAGCCCAGCAGGCUGCCAACUGUAAGCUCUUAGUGCUGCAGCCUCGGCAGGAGAAGGAAGAGGUGCUACUGAGUCCCCUGCUGCAAGUCCACGAGGUGGCCGGGCAGGAGCAGCUCAAGUCCCUGCAGGAGGAAGAGGCCAACACGACCCUAGAGAGAGAGGAGGAUGACAUGAAAACCAAACUUCUGCAGCUGGAAGAUGUCGUCCGGGCUCUUGAGAAAGAAGCAGAUUCAAGAAAGAACAACAGAAUCGAGUUGGAUAGGCUUUCUGAAGAAAAUGCAUUGUUGAAAAAUGAGCUGGGAAGGAUUCAGCAAGAGCUCGAAGCUGCAGAAAGGACAAAUGAUGCUCAGAGGAAGGAAAUCGAGGUUUUAAAGAGAGACCAGGAAAAGAGCUGCUCUGAAGUGGAAGAACUCAACAAACAGAGUCAGAAAUGUAGGGAUGAAGUGUUGCAGCUCAAUGAGAAGUUCCUUCAGCCGGGAGAGGUGGCCUUUCCCCACCAGGCCCAGAAUGAGAACGGCAUCACCAUUCAGUUAUUAACACAGAGACUGGAGGAGGUGGGGCAGUGGGAGGAGCUGCAGGGUGAGCACAUCCAAAAACUUGAACUUGAACUCAAACACAUGAAUCAGGAAUGUCAGAGCCUGAGACUGUCACAGUCACAGCUGAGAGAGACUCUUGAAGAAAGUCAAGACCAGCUGCACAGAGCCAACCUGGGGUUGAGGUUGGCCUGGUCCCAACACUCCAAGGAGGUUCAUCAGCUGCAGGAGCAGAUGCAGGGGCUGGUGCCUCGGGACCAUGUGGCUGAGCUGCAGCAGAUGCUAGAAGAGGAACGGCAGAUGGCUGGGCGGUUCCGCAAGGAGUGCCUUCUCCAGAAGGAAAAGGGGAGGCAGCUGGAGACACAAUGGGAAGAACAUGAAAAAGAGCUUAAAGACACGGAAGAGCAGGUAGAAGAGAUGGGAAUGGUUCUGAAGAAUGUGGAAAUGCUCCUACAAGAAAAAGUGGCUGAGCUGAAAGAGCAGUUCGAAAAGAACACAAAGUCAGAUUUGCUGCUCAAGGAGCUCUAUGUGGAAAAUGCUCACCUGAUGAAGGCACUUCAGGUCACCGAAGAGAAGCUACAAGGUGCUCAGAAGAAAAACCACAUCUUGGAAGAAAAAGUUAGAGCUCUCAACAGACUCAUCAGUAAGAUUGCUUCAGCUUCUCUCUCUGUGUGAAGGCUGCUUAUUUUCCUGGAAUUCAUUUUGAAAGAACAUUUUUUAAAAUUAAGCCACCAUAGUGCCAUAACUUUCUAUGGUUCAUUGGCUGUGCACCGGGCAUAGCAGGUUUCUAAUUCUUUCAUUGUUCACCUCACACAUAUUUAAAAAUGUCUGUUGUGCCAGAUGCUCAGAAAAUAGACAUGCUGGAAAAAACUACAUUUUUAUUAGUGGUCCUGGGUAAUUUCUGUAGGUAAAAUUCCCAGUUUUGCUACCAGUGGGUGAAACAGAUUAUGCUAGCUUUCAGCGAAGAAAGACUAAAAGAAAAUGGUAAAAUCAAUUUCAGUGUUGUACUUUUGACCUUGGCUGCAGAGAGUAAAAUGAAAUAUAAGUGCUCUGGACACUUUCACCCUUUCACUGUUACUGCUUUGGGCUUAGAUCAUUAGCAUUCUCGAUUUGGGUCUAUACAGAUAUUCUAGAAGGACUACUCAAUGUGACUGUCCACCUUUCUCCACCACAGGAAGAUGUUUGGGGAGUGCCUAUUUUAUGUCUGUGGACUCAGGGAUGAUAGUAUUUACUGUGAAUGCAAUCUUGUCCUCAAUGAAAUGUCAUCACACUGGAAAUUGUAUUAUAUAUGUAAAGAAGAAAAACUAUAGUUUUAUAUUCAAAA